AACAUUUUCUCCCCACCAAAAAAGAAGAAAAAUCUAAUACCAUAUGGAUUCUCCAACUGAAGUUCCUCUAAAAAGGAAAGAAAGUGAUCCAUUAGAAGAUGAUGAUACUGGCUUAUACUUAACAUGGAAAGAUUUGUGGGUGACAGUGCCAGAUAGAAAAGUAGGAAGAAGGCCAAUACUUGAAGGAAUAACUGGUUAUGCUCAACCUGGUGAAGUUUUGGCUAUUAUGGGUCCUUCUGGUUGUGGCAAAUCCACUCUUCUUGAUGCAUUGGCAGGAAGAUUAGCCUCCAACACAAAACAAAGUGGAGAUGUACUCGUCAAUGGCCGCAAACAAGCACUAGCUUUUGGAACCUCGGCCUAUGUAACUCAAGAUGACACACUAAUGACAACAUUGACAGUAAAAGAAACAGUAUACUAUUCAGCUCAGCUACAACUUCCAGAAUCAAUGCCAUUAUCAGAAAAGAAAGAAAGAGCAGAAGCAACAAUAAAAGAAAUGGGAUUACAAGAAGCAAUGAAUACAAGAAUUGGUGGAUGGAGUUUAAAAGGUUUAAGUGGUGGACAAAAAAGAAGAGUUAGUAUUUGUAUUGAGAUUUUAACAAGACCAAAACUUUUGUUUCUUGAUGAACCUACGAGUGGUUUGGACAGUGCAGCAUCUUAUCAUGUGAUGAAUCGAAUUAUUAAAAUUGCACAACAAGAUAUGAGGACUGUUGUUGCAUCAAUUCAUCAACCUAGUAGUGAAGUUUUUGAGCUAUUUGAUAAUUUAUGUCUUCUAUCUUAUGGUAAAACCAUUUAUUUUGGUUCUAGUUCUGCAGCAAAUGAGUUUUUUGCUAUCAAUGGCUUUCCUUGUCCAUAUUUGAGGAACCCCUCUGAUCACUAUCUUAGAACUAUUAACAAGGAUUUCGAUGACAUUGAAGAAGGAUUUGGCAAAAAUAUAAGCUCAGGAAGAGCAAUUGACACUCUUGCCAUGUCAUAUGAAUCAUCAGAAGCUUGUCGCAAUGUUCGCCAAAGGGUCUUCAACAUAUGUCAAAAGAAUGGACAUUUGCUUGAGAAGAAGGGGAGUCAAGCAGGAUUCAUCACUCAGUGUCGUGUUCUAACACAAAGAUCAUUCGUCAAUAUGUAUCGCGAUUUAGGCUAUUACUGGCUUCGAUUUCUCAUAUAUCUUGCAUUAUGCUUGUGCAUUGGCACUGUCUUCCAUGAAAUUGGCUUUGAUUAUGGCUCCAUUCAGGCUAGAAGCUCAAUGCUUGUAUUUGUGGUUGGUUUCUUGACAUUUAUGGCAAUUGGUGGCUUCCCUUCAUUUGUGGAGGAAAUGAAACUCUUUACGAGAGAAAGGCUAAAUGGGCACUAUGGUGUGAGUGCAUUUGUCGUAGGAAACACAUUAUCUUCAACUCCAUUCUUGUUAUUGAUCUCCUUAGUACCUGGAGCAGUGGCUUAUUAUCUUGCUGAUGUUCAAAAAGGGAUCGAUCGUUUCGCCUAUUUUUUCCUAAUGUUAUUUGCUUGUAUGAUGCUAGUCGAGAGCCUAAUGAUGAUCGUUGCAAGUAUUGUUCCCGACUUCCUCAUGGGAAUCAUCACAGGUGCUGGAAUUCAAGGAGUAAUGAUGCUAAAUGGAGGUUUUUUUCGCUUGCAAAAGGAUCUUCCUAUGCCAAUUUGGAAAUACCCAGUGUACUAUUUAGCCUUUCACAAAUAUGCAAUUCAAGGUUUUUACAAGAACGAGUAUGAAACUUUUACAUAUUUUACUAAUGGAGGAUUGGCUGUGAUUGUUACUCGCGAUGAAAUCUUGAGAGAUAUUUUUCAAGUAGAGUUGAAUUAUUCUAAGUGGGGAGAUAUUGCUAUUGUUUUUGGAAUGGUAAUUCUAUAUAGGCUGAUUUUUCUUAGCAUUAUAAAGGCAAAGGAGAAGUUUAAGCCUAUGGUAAGAGGUUUUAAAGCACAUUCUUGUAAGCAUUAAAUAUUGUAGCAAUAUCAUCAAUGGAUAUGCAGUGGCUGACAAAUAUGAA